CAGUAUCAUUGACCGUGGGCAGUAUCAUUUUAACCGUUGGCAGUAUCAUGCCGAAAUAGCCAAAAAAAUCAAAUCAAGAUGGUAGUUUAGCAGUGCAGAGCGGACGAACAUAGUGUUUACAUUUUGUCUUCUGAGUAACCUUAUAAUGAAUAUAAAGCGCAGAAGCUAUUCAAUAUCAGUUGACGAUUUUAAUAGUUAUGUUAACAUCUUUUGACAUAUUUCUAGCUUCUUGGUUCCAUACUCAAAACUCUCUCAUCUUGUUGUUUCUGAAGUUUUGUACAUAACAGACACAGUUUGUUUACAACUCAUUUUCUCACUGUUGCUGGUAUUGUUAUAUUCUUGCUGUGUGUUAUAUCGGAUUAUACAUAUCUUAAAAAUAUUCAUUCAUUUUUAUAGUUGCUAGCUAAUACUUGAAAAAUGUCUGCAACACUUAGAUCGUUUCGUUCCCGUUUUAUAAAUGUUGAAAACACUGAUGAACUGAAAGCUGUAGUAUCAGAUAUUCUUCCUUUUAAUGAAAACGAAUUCAAGAUUAGUAAUAUACAAGGAUCAGUCAAGAAAUUUAAAGCUGUUGUUGAGUGUACCAUAUCUUCUGAGGAAGAGUUUGUGAAAAGCUAUCAAUCCAACACAAAUGAAACGUUGAGAAAAGCCUGUAUAAGCAAUUUACAUACUUCAGAUGUCAUCAUAACACACGGUAUCAAGCGACAAUGAACAGUAAAAUGAAGAUGAAAUGUAAUCCCAGUCAGAGAUUCAAAAACACUGAUUGUCCCUUCAGCUUGGUGCUGAAGUAUAAAAAAGAAGAAGGUGAUAACAAUUGUUUGCUAGAAAUGGAAUGGACUCAUAAUCACCCAGUAAAUUCUCUACAGUCAUUAUCCUUUAAGGAUAUCAAGCCAGAUGUUGUGGCUGAAAUUACUCAGCUAUAUGAAAGAGGCUUCACUCCUGGGUUAGCUUAUCGAGAGAUUUGGACCAAAACUAAAAAGUCGUAUGAAAGUGAAGUAGCUUUUCACAAGUUCAUCUCUGACCGAUCAGUGUUUCCCAGACGCACAGAUUAUAAUUAUUUAUAUACAGAAUAUCAUCGAAAAAAAUAUGGAACACAAAACACAAGUACAAUGUUUGAAAAGUUGAAUACUUUGGUUGAGCAAGAAACUCUCAAAGAUUCGGAUAUUUCAAUAAAAGCUCAGAAAUUUGAUGCUGAACAGAAUGAUCCCUUUAUCCUGGUAAUCAUUACUCCACUUAUGAAAAGAGUACACGAGAAGAUCAGAAGUUCUGGAGAACUAGUAUUUCUUGAUUCAAGUGGUGGUAUGGAAGAAUACAAUCUCCGAGUAUUCCUCAUGGUAACACACUCUUUUGUUGGAGCACUGCCUCUUGGAAUCAUUGUCACUAGUGAUGAAACAACAGACACAAUAACAAGAGCAUUAGAAAUCUUUUCAGCAACACUGCCUGGUAUGUUUGAUACAGCUACAUUUUUGUGGUUCUGUUAUGUCAGUCAGAACUAUAUACUAUGGGGGCUGGGGGUAGUUGAGUAUGACCUUUGAUUGUACCCUCUUUGUGACUUUUGACUGUUAGAUGACUAAUGAAGAUCUUUUCAUAUACCAUUUUGUCAGAAAUUUUAUGCUAUGUUAAAUAUCUCCAUUUGUAAAAAAGUGAUAAUUCUUUUAUGAU